UUCCAUUCACACGCGUGCCGCUCUCUCGUCAACCUCAUUUCCAUCACACUUCAUCAACACAACAACAUGCCAGGAAAGGAGAACGUCGUUCAGAUUGGGUGCGGUGUCGUCGGCGGCGCCUAUGCCAAAGCCUACGUGCACCAUGGGUUCAGCCUUACCGGCUUCGACGUGGUGCCGGCCAUCAUCGACAAGAUGAACGACGCGGGCGUUAAGUGCUUCCACCCGGACGACUGCCCGUCGGACCUGAACGCGGACAUCGUGCUCCUUUCGGUUCCCACCCCUCUCAUCAAGGAGACCCAGCGCCUCGACAUGAAGUACGUGUGGUCGACCAUCCCCCUGGUGGUGAAGCUCAUCGAGCAGUCCUCGGGCCUGACCCCCAUCCUUGUCAUCCGAUCCACGGUGCCCCCCGGCACCACCCUCAAGUGGGAGGCGGAAGUGCGGGCGAAGACCGACAAGCCCUUCCAGGUGGCCUUCCAGCCGGAGUUCCUCCGCGCUGUGUCUUGCGAGGAGGACGCCCGAGCGCCGUGGCAGAUCGUGUUCGGCUGCGCGAAGGACGCGGAUGACACCCGCGCCCGCAUGUCCAACUGCUUCCUCGACUUCGUGGGGAGAGACGAGAACAAGCUGACGGUGUUGACCAUCGCCGAGGCUGAGUUCAUGAAGCUCGUCCACAACUACGCUAACGGUCUCAAGAUCUCUUUCGCCAACUGCAUCUACGGCCUCGCCCACGAGCUCGACCCCUCGAUCGAUGCGCAGAAGGUGCUCUAUCUGGUGUCCUCCACGGCCGAGUGCUUCCUCAGCCGCAAGUACGGCCUUCGCGUCGGCGCCCCGUACGGCGGCGUGUGCCUGCCCAAGGACGUGCCCGAGCUGACCAGCUUGGCACCGGAGGGGUCCGUGUUCAGGGAGUUCCUGUCGGGAACCGGCAAGAUCAACGAGUGGAUCACCAACACGCCAAGCCUCAAGGUUGAGCUGACCGAGAGCCCGAACUGGGUGUCGCCCAGCGAGCUCAACGUGUAAGCUGCGAGCUCGGAAUGUAUUUGUAAUUCGGAGCGAGAUUGAUUUGAUUGGCCACAGCCCGAGUGAUGACCCCCGUCUUGCUUCAAACCCGCGGCCGUUGCGCCAACAGGGCACGGGGAUAUCCUUCGGGUGUCUAGGGCAUAGUUUCGAACGGCUUACAUUUGAUUUCUGUGAAGGGGAAAGAGGGGGGGGACCUUUCGUGUGUCGUGCUGUCAUCGGGCCUCUUUCCGUGUUUACCUGUAAAAUUAUAAGCCGGUACGCGCAGCAGGGUGGGGAGGUCGUAGGUUGUGCUCGUUUGUUUUAGGCGAAGGAGGGGAUGUGGGCGUUUGAUGGGCCUUGCGCUCAUUUGGUGGACCACAGACCAAUUGCGUAACUUGCCGAUUUCAGGCGAUGGUCAAGUUUGGUGCAACUUUCGGUUCUUAGCAGGACUAGUGUGCGCAGGGGGCGAGGGGCUUUUGCGACGAGAAACUACAUCAUUCAGUCCUCUCCCUCCUUUUGUGGAGUGCCACAACCAAUCGCGCCCUGGCGGCGCUGGUCUUAAACCUUCCAUUUGAGGAGGCGUGUUUGUUUUGCUGUGUUUCGGGAAGAAGGGGGAAUGGCGCAAGACGGAGUCAGACAGGUGGAGGGAGGAGAUUUUUAUCGUUCGUCGUUUCCGUGGAACUUUUCUGUCGGAGACCAGUCGGUGUUGUGUCCCGUGGCAUGAAAGUGCAGGCAGGCUUCUUUGUGUCCACUGCUGUUGUCUUGUUUGCAGGUUGUUUUGGAUGGAUUCAAUGACGAUAUCAAAUUACCCACUGAAGUAAGACAUUCUCGGUGUCGCUACCUUUUGUUAGGCGAGCAAAUUCGAGGAGACGGGGCGCCGCAUGUAAAACCCGUCGGUCGACAUUAUGAGCAACGCCACGGCGUUACGAACGCAAACCCCUGUGUGUUAAAUGUGUGGUUGAUAUUGGUAGGUUAAAAUCGAAGUUGAGUGAAAAACUCUACACUAGCGCAUCAUUUGCGUCUUGCGUAUGUUCGUGUCUAGUAUUCCCUCUUAUCAAAUGGCUGUGUACGGGCU